ACUAGCUAUCCUAUAAGCAACAAACAUCUGUCUGUACAUGUGUGCACAGUGGACUAGGUGCAGCAGCUUUACUGUGGUGGCCAAAUGUGUGUUUAGCAGGUGUGGACAGCUACAAGGAAGAAAGCUACAUCCCACCUCCACCCUGCUAUUUGGUAAAACAUCCGUGUGUGUGUGAGAGAGUCAUAUCACACAGCCAAACAAACACACCAUUAUCAAACUGACGCACACACACACGCUCGUUGUCCCUGUAUAGUUUGUUUGUUCCGCCUCAGGCUCAGCUCCCAGCUGAGUGCAGCCCCCGUCCAAACUGACUGGAGGGCGUGUUCACUCCGUGUACUCCGCCACACUCAGGUCAACUUUUCACCAAACUUUUCAUCGAUGGAGCUGGCGGAAGCUGUCAAGUCAGGGAUGGAGGUGGUGCAGGUUGACUCUUCUCUUGACCUGAGCCAACUGACAGAGGAUGAGCAGUCCACCAUCCUGAACGUUUUACAACGCGACUUGGACUUGCGGCAACGUGAUGAAGGACGUGUAAGAAUCCUUGAGCAAACGGAAACAGACCCGGUACGUCUGCGCUGGCUGUCGGGGGCCUGGUUCAGUGAGGAGUGUAACAAACGCCGUUCCAACUGGAAGUCUGGCAGUGACCUCGUCCGUGCCACUAUACGCCACAGGAAGUCAAAGAGCAGAGAUGUGCCCCUGGCAGAUCUGUUUAAUGGAGAGAGAGAGGAAACCUCCCACAACAACACCACCUCUCCGGAAGCGGACAGAAGACUGAAGGACAACAAGGAAGAGGAGAGUGCAAGGGGUCAGGGAAGUUUGAAUCCUGCACCCAUAUCAAGAUGUUCUGUAGCACAGGGUCUCCAGCAUAAAACUAGUUCCUCAUCAUCCAAAGAGUGUGAAAGGAGGAGUAAUGGCCACUCAAAGGAACCUGAGCAGGACUUUCACAACGGGGACACUGACUCUCUGAGCAGCAGCCUGACAGAACCAGAUCCAUCCUCUCUGAAAACGAGCAGCUCUGGUGGCAGCCUUCAUUCGGGUUAUGCGCUCAGUGGAAGCAUGAUGAGCCUGUUCAGCUCAGGGGAGUUUGGUGUAGUGGAGGUGACUGGCCGUAUUCAAUUCUCAUUGGUUUACGACACCCAGAAGGAGGAGCUGCAAGUCAAAGUUCAGAUAAUGUGUGUGCAUGUGUUUUACAGAUAUGUUAAAGCCUAUCUCUUGCCAGACAAGUCAAGUCAGAGUAAAAAGAAAACUUCAGUGAAGAAGAAGACGCUAAACCCAGUCUAUGACCAGACACUCCGAUAUAAAGUGAGGAUUGGGGAGCUGCGGAGUCGGACUUUGAACCUGUCUGUGUGGCAUGCCGAGCCCCUGGGGAGGAACAUGUUCCUGGGGGAGGUGGAGGUGGCGCUGGGCUCCUGGGACUGGACCAGCACUCAGCCGCUGUGGCAGGAUCUGCAGCCUCGGGUUCAUCUGAAUCCAGAAUCCAUUAGCAGUCGUGGGACCAUCAUGCUCUCUAUUAAGUUCGUCCCAGAAGGAUUUGAGGGUGGUGGUAUGCCACUGACUGGAGAGCUUCACAUCUGGCUUCGAGAGGCUCAGGGUCUCCUGGCCAAUAAAGGAGGCGCCAUAGACUCAUUUGUUAGAAGCUACAUACUCCCAGAUGCUAGUCAACAGAGCGGUCAGAAGACACGGGUGGUGAAACACUCCAUCAGCCCCAUCUACAACCACACCAUGGUGUAUGAUGGCUUCCACACCAGCGACCUGAGAGAAGCCUGUGCUGAGCUGACUGUCUGGCACCGUGAAGGGUUAAAGACACACGCCCUGGGAGGGAUUCGUCUGAGCUGUGGAACUGGUCUGAGUUAUGGUGAGGCUGCCAGUUGGAUGGAUUCCACAGAAGAAGAGGUUGCUGUGUGGACCUCCAUGAUCGAAACCCCAAACCAGUGGAUUGAUACAUCACUACCAAUCCGAACUAACCUCACAGACCGUUCCAAAUGACUUGGACACACCUUGCACAUAAACAUAUUCAUAUGCAUGUUCUAAUAACAGUUGGACUGAACAGACACUUAGCACAUUAGCAAAUUUAAACGUUGUCAGAAUUAUACACAUUCAUGUUAUUCUUGGUUCGGACAGACAGAGGAAUCAGUGGUGUUGCACUAUUGUUGUGUUAAUGGUGUAGAUCAGAAAUAUUUCAGAAAUGCAGAAAAAAAUCUCUGCAUUUCAGAUGUUUUACUUGUAUGGUUUGGUUAAGUCUGUUUUCUCAUUUGACUAAACUUCAUUUGUAAACCAGUGUAGUUGCAUAAUUAUAUAUCAAACCUAAACUUGUUAAUGAUUUACUGUUCUGAUAUAAGAGGAAAAUUUCCCCUCAUAUUUAACAACCCCAGAAAGAUUUCUAAUUUAUUAUAUCAAUAAACAUAGGUCUAAUAACUUUCACCCUGAAAGAACACAUAUUUUGAAUAUUCAGAUAAUUGUAGAUAUGAGAUUUAAAGGCAUUAUUACGCCUACUGUAAUUGGAGAGGACAGAGAAGGCCUGCAGUUGCAUGAAUUCAGUUUUUCCUUUUGAUGGAUUAGCUGGCUACCAUCUUGUGGUCAGACUUUGUACUUGUUCUGUAUUAUUUUCUGGCAAAUUACACAGUAAAUGAGAUCUAGAGCACAGAAAGAGAAGAUAAUGUUGUGUGAAUUAAACUAUUUUUAAUAAAAGCAAACUUUUACAUCGGGUAUACACCUUCCCUUUAAACGAUUGUGGAGUAAGGCACUUAUCAUGAGUGAGACCUCCUGUCCAGCAGAUGGCAAUCGUAACAUUUCUGCUUGAAGCUGGACUGCGACCGGAAGUGGAGAUAUUUGGCUUCCAAAAUAAAGUCUCGAGAAGGAAGCCUAUGGUUGUGUGUUUCGGGACCAUCGACAUGGCACUUGUAAUUAAUAAAAUAAU